AUGUCAAUUAAAGCGUCCCACAUCUCAGUCUUUAUUCCUCUUGGACCAGCCAUUGAUGAUAAAGUUCCUAGCAAUGUUCCAUUGACAAACAGUGGUGGCUUUGGAACUGGUUGGUCCGUUGUUCCUGGACACGAGAAUGUUCCCAAGUGGUGUUGUUCCUAUCAAUUUGAUUCUGAGAAGAACAGAUUUGAAGUGGAUGACUUAGGAUUGCCAAUUAUACUAAGUUUACCCUUUGAAUCCAACCCCAUUUGGCCUAUGCCCAAUUUGCCACAGAGAACACCACAAUAUCAACAUCAAUCUUCUUCAUCAGUGUGUUGUUUAAAUCCCUUCUGUCUUCUUGAGUUGACAGAUGAUGAGAAAAGAAAACAACUUGAUUGGAAAGUAAGAUUAAACAUUAUCAAUGGAAUAGCAAGAGGUCUUCUAUACCUUCCUGAGGACUCUCGACUCAGAGUAAUUCAUAGAGAUCUCAAAGCUAGCAGUGUUCUAUUAGACCAUGCCAUGAAUCCCAAAAUAUCAGACUUUGGAUUGGCAAAGGCAUUUGAAAUUGGACAGAACCAAGCAAAUACAAAGCGAAUAAUGGGCACCUAG